AUGCCCCCGAAAAAGGCAAUUGAAGUCAAGGAGGUCAACUUUACCAAGACUGCUGGGAUUGAAACAAAUUACAUGGACCUCAGUGGUUGCAGGUCCCAGGGAGAGAUCCUCCUUCCGGGUUCAUAUAGACAGAGCACAUCAGGAGAUUGCACAAUCAUAUCAUGCACCAAUCAGGGUCAACUCAUUAACGAAACAACUUGUGGAUCAAUGGAGACUUGCGUUGCUAACACAUGCAAGCCAACGUACCGCGUGUGCACAGUGACCAGCGGCGAAGUGAUCCAGUUCUUUGGCCAAGUGUCUACAGUUAGCGACCGCUGCCUUUACAGCCUGCUUGAGCCAGACGAUGACAGCUUUAAGCUGUUGGCGGCUUUUGAGGAUCGUCGUAGUCAGAUACUUACCUUCUUGGAUCACUUCGAUUUGGUGCUAUUCAACAACACAAUUACUCUUGAAUCAAGUGGAAGAGUUCGGCUAAAUGGCCAAAUACAAACACUUAGUCCUGUGGCCACUGAGGUCUUAAACGGAGUGCUGCUUUCCAAAGACCAGACUGGCGUCACUUUGGUUAUUUCAAACAGUGACGUUUUAAUCUUCUUUGAUGGCUCCACCGGGUACAUUAAAGUACCUGACGGGGCGGCUUUGCAGGGCUUAUGUGGUAAUGCCAAUGAUCCGGCCUCUUCUCCAACACCGGUCUCUGAUAGCCGAAGCAAUCAAGGAUGUGAAAUAAUGCCUCGAGCUGAUAACCUGUUCGUCAACAGUGUGGUAGGACUACAACGCUGCUCCUUGCUCAAUUCAGACGAGUUCGCUGCAUGCCACGACAAAGUCCCUGUCGAACCACACAUCCACGCAUGCAACCUCACGCUGAGUGGCUACCCUAUGGUGGACAACCUCAAAUGUCAGUUCUUCGAGGCUUAUGCCCAAGUCUGCAAGAUGCAGUAUGACAUCGACAUGGAUGGCUGGAGGUCUUCCUUUGACUGCCAGAAGGAUAACAAUCAGGCGUAUUGUCAGAACCAUGACUGCAAUGCUAAUGAGUUCUGUGGAGAGUCCAAGUUCAAAAGAACCACCUGUCUCUGUCGAGCCAUAUUUGCCUCAGAGUACCACUUGAAGAACACUUUGGGUGACCCUCCCACAUGCCAAGAGGGUGGAGGAGCAAUCUCCCUGAUUGGCUGCCUACUGGAGGAGAAAGGAAUCGACUAUCACUUGUUGCACCUGACCAAUGAGACCUGCACAGGUCAAAGGGACAGUGACAGUCACUUGUUGACCUUCAACUUUAACUCAACCGACACAUGUGGGACUGAGACCGAGGUGAACGAAACCUUUGUGGUUUUCAAGAACAGCAUUGUGACUGGUAAACCUCAAAUUAAUCGACUCAUCAAUCGCAACAACAUCCAGUUAAACAUAACAUGCAUGUACAGGAAGCCAGAAAUCAAAACACUGCUCCUUCACGUUAAAAGCACCUCUGUGGUGCGUCAAAUGAUAUCACAAACAGGAAACUAUGCUCUGUUUAUGCAAGUGUACAUGAACAGCGAGCGCACUGAGUUGAUGAAGCCGAACACAGAAUUGGAGUUGAAUCAGCAAAUUUGGAUCCAAUUGAGCAUAGACGGAAUGGAUGGGAGUGUGGUCAAAUUAGUGACUAAGUCUUGCUGGGUGACGGAACAACCGGCACCCAGCAGCACUACGAGAUAUGACCUCAUCAUUGAUGGCUGCCCAAACCGCGAAGAUGGCACAGUGGAGGUACACAACAACGGAUUGGGGAAUAACAAUUACUUCUCAUUCCGAAUGUUCCAGUUUUUGGACAGCUUGAGCUUCUACCUGCACUGCAGUGUGGACCUCUGUGUAAAGCAGCAGUGUCAGCCUACCUGCAAUGUCAUUUCAAAAAGAAGACGUAGAGCCCUAAGGAAUAAUAUGUCUGGGGAUUUACACAAAGGCCUAAUCUCAUUGGAGUGGAUCAAUUAGGUAACCCAGUUGGUCGAUGAAGAGUUUGGGGCUUACAAACAUCUUACAAAAUGAGCUUGCUAUGGUUCAUGAUUAGUGGCAUAUCCCAUAUAUUUAGGAGAUAAUCUUUUGUUUUUGUGUUUCAGUUAAUUAUUGUCGCUUCUUUCAAAAAUGUAAUCUACAAUUACUUUAAAU